AUUGUAAGCAUUUUCCUGGAGAUCUCCAGAGUAAUAUCCAUAGAGUGAAAGAUGUGCUGAAAUCAGCUUUAAUUGAUGGUUCAAUUUUUCAUUAGCUAUGUGAGUGUGGGAACAAGAAGACCUGACUCGGACUGGCACCUUAUUAUUCUAAGGCUCAUGGCUUCAAAAGAAAUAGUUUCAGAUUCCCAGGAUCUGCUCGCCUGUGCCAUUUGUCGGGUCUGUCUCUCAGAUCCAACAACUGAAGCCUGUGAACACAGUUUUUGCCAAUCCUAUCUCAGCAGUGGGAAUGAAGUUUCCAUGCCUUUGUCCUGCUCUGAAUGUCCAGAAGUAUCACAGUCACAAGCUUUUAAAGACACUUCAAGGAAAAGCAAUAUGGCUGUCAUUGUAACACAACACGAGCAAUAUCCUGAGAAAACCAACAACUGUGAAAAACAUCGGAAGACCCAGAAGCUCUUCUGUAUGAAUGACCAGACCUUCCUCUGCAUGUCCUGUUCAAAAUCCCAGGAGCAUGAAACUCAUGAAGUCUCUUCUAUGGAAGAGGCUGCUGAGAACUACAGGAAGAGACUACAAGAUAAUCUGAAACUUUUAGAGGAAAAUUUAAAAGAUGUCAAGAAGCUAAUACUUGAGGAGAAAGAGGUCCCUCGGACUUGGGCUGUGGUAUGGACAGAACAAGUGGAUAUAUCAAAAGAAAUGCUUGAGAAAAAAUUUCAGGAGAUAAGUGAAUUUCUGAGUGAUGAAGAAGAAGAUGUACACAGCCUUGUGGAACUGGAUGAAGAAGAAGAAGAGAUGUUCCAGAAACUGAAGGAUCAUGAGGCCCAGGAAGAAAUAAAAAACAUUCAGAAAAAGGAAAGGAGUAGACUCCAACUGUCGCAACAUAGCAAAAACUUACGAGAGAUGGUGUCAGAAUUGGAAGAAAAGUCUCACAUGUCAGAUGAGGACCUGCUUCAGGACAUAGGAAACACUUUGAGCAGGAGUGAGUUACUGCUGCUACAAAAACCAGAACCUUUCAGCCCACAACUGAGUGAUACUUAUUGUAUGGAUUUAAGCAAAUUUCUCAAGAAAUUUCAGGAAUCUCGACUGCUGGCAUGCCACUAUCCAUAUGAAUUAUCUGAUGAUAGGAAGAGGACUUUCACAUUUGCUGAUCUCUCUUCAGGACAAACAUAUGUUGUUUAUACCUCUGGAAGUAUCCACUACAUGAGUGGGAGAGAAUUAUCUAUUAUACCAUUGGACAUAGAUAGCAUUUCCCAUGAGGAACAAGCACAACCCAUUUUUGCCUGCUACUGUUUGCCUAUUGAAAGGAACAUCUAAUGUGUUACCUUUUCUCCCUGAGAGGAGUCUAGUUGAAAGAGAACAUCGGAAGCCAUUUUUCCUCUCUCCAUGUUAAGAUAAUUUUGUUUUUUUUCCCAUGGAAUUGUAAAUGUAGUAGCAUCUUUUAUCAUCUAUACUUCUUAGCUAUGUAUGUAAUGGUUUUGGAAAAUUAGCAGCUUUUCCUUUCCUUUCCCCCUGCCCCCAAUCUUUAAUAUUUCUACCAAGGUUACUAUCAAUGGGAAAAUGUUAGACAUGGAAUAAAAAUUUGUUGUUGAAAUCCCAA